GUCCUGGUCCUGCUGUCGGCGCCGCGGGCGGCUGGCCAUGGUGGGACGGAUUGAACCAUCCCUGGCCGGGGCGCCAGGGUGGAGUAGGGGGCAGUGAGUUGCCGCAGAGGCUGCGGGGCAUGAUCGAAGAGUUGGCCGGCAGCAGGGAAGAAUGAUAGCGGCAGAUACUUGCUUAGUGUUACAGUAUUGGCGGCAGUGCCCCUGGAGGUGGCUGUAGGACAGACCGACAUCUGACCAGCCUUUGGCUUCAGCGUCCCUCCAAAUAUUUCAUUCAACAAGUGCUUGCUGAGUGCUUCCCGUGAGCCAGGAACCAUGCGGGGCCAGCGGAGCCUGCUACUGGGCCCGGCCCGCCUCUGCCUGCGCCUGCUUCUGCUACUGGGCUCCAGGCGCCGCUGCCCACCUCUGCUCCGUGGCUUGGUACGGCGCUGGCGCUACGGCCGAGUCUGCCUGCGCUCCCUGCUCUACAACUCCUUCGGGGGCAGCGACACUGCCGUCGAUGCUGCCUUUGAGCCUGUCUACUGGCUGGUGGACAACGUGAUCCGCUGGUUCGGGGUGGUGUUCGUGGUGCUGGUGAUCGUGCUGACGGGCUCUAUCGUGGCCAUCGCCUAUUUGUGUGUCCUUCCCCUCAUUCUCCGAACCUACUCAGUGCCACGACUCUGCUGGCAUUUCUUCUAUAGCCACUGGAAUCUGAUCCUCAUUGUCUUCCACUACUACCAGGCCAUCACCACUCCACCUGGGUAUCCACCCCAGGGCAGGAAUGACAUUGCCUCAGUGUCCAUCUGUAAGAAGUGCAUUUACCCCAAGCCAGCCCGCACACACCACUGCAGCAUCUGCAAUAGGUGUGUGCUCAAGAUGGACCAUCAUUGCCCUUGGCUAAACAACUGUGUGGGCCACUAUAACCAUCGGUACUUCUUCUCUUUCUGCUUUUUUAUGACUCUGGGCUGUGUCUACUGCAGCUAUGGAAGCUGGGACCUCUUCCGGGAGGCUUACGCUGCCAUUGAGAAAAUGAAACAGCUCGACAAGAACAAACUACAGGCGGUUGCCAAUCAGACUUAUCAUCAGACUCCACCACCCACCUUCUCCUUUCGAGAACGGAUGACUCAUAAGAGUCUUGUCUACCUCUGGUUCCUGUGCAGUUCUGUGGCGCUUGCCCUGGGUGCGCUAACUCUAUGGCACGCUGUUCUCAUCAGUCGAGGCGAGACCAGCAUUGAGAGGCACAUCAACAAGAAGGAGAGACGUCGGCUACAGGCCAAGGGCAGAGUUUUUAGGAACCCUUACAACUAUGGCUGCUUGGACAACUGGAAGGUAUUCCUGGGUGUGGACACAGGCAGGCAUUGGCUUACCCGGGUGCUGUUGCCUUCUAGUCACCUGCCCCAUGGGAAUGGAAUGCUCUGGGAGCCUCCGCCUUGGGUGGCUGCUCAUUCAGCCUCUGUGAUGGCUGUGUGAGCUGGACUGUGCCGGCUUCAUCUGAAGCAUUCAUUUUGCUUCCUACAUUGAUGGUGUCUCAUGGGUCUCCAAGGGCAGCAUUUCUUGCCAUUUCUGAUCAAAAAGAGCCCAUGAGCCUGCCUUAGUGUACCAUGUACGGACAACUCCAGGACCAAUCUUUUGGCCACUGCAGAAGCAUAUGUCAUGGAGAAGUCCUAGAACCGACACUCCUUUACUCAGGCACACAGAAAUUCCAGCCCCAUGCCAGGGGUCAGGCAGCUAGCCACCUUGCCGGUGCUGACCCUGACUGCUUCAGGUGGCAGUGUUGGCCUUGGGCAUCACCUCUUUCACUUGCUGUCUGAGAAAGCAUCUGGCUGGUACAACCAAGUUCAUGGUCUCAAUAAGGCACAUCACCAGGCUUGUGACUGGGAUCACUGCCGCUUAUCAUGUUACUGAUGGGAGCAAAUAAAAGUGGUUUGUAAUGA